AUGGGGCGAGUUCAAUUCGCCGAAGACACAAAAUCUGCCGACGACCUCAUUGAGGAGGAGCCUGUCAAGGUCUUCCCAUAUCAGGACACUCCUGACAACAAUUCAUGGGCUGGUACGCUCCCACUGAAGCAGGGUCUCUAUGACCCAGAGCUCGAAAAGGAUGCCUGCGGAGUGGGCUUUGCAGCACACAUCAAGGGCAAAGCCAGCCACAAGAUUGUUAGCGAUGCUCGUUCGCUCCUUUGCAACAUGACCCAUCGAGGGGCGGUCGGCUCGGAUGCCCGCGAUGGCGACGGAGCUGGUGUUAUGACUUCGAUACCCCACAAGUUCUUCCUCAAGAACUUCGAGAGAGAGCAGGGUAUCAAGUUGCCAGAGCUAGGACAGUACGCCGCAGGAAAUCUGUUCUUCAAGCCGGACGCGGAGAUACUGAAGGAGACGAUUGCAACCUUCGAGGAGGUCGCAGACUCGCUCGACUUGCGAGUUCUUGGAUGGCGAGAGGUCCCUCGAGACUCGGCUUUACUGGGCCCAGCAGCAUUGUCAAGGGAGCCAGUUGUCCUUCAGCCAUUCGUGGUUCUGAAGUCCGCCUACGGCGGCGGCAAGGAGCCGAACGAGCAUUUCGCCAAAAAGUUCGAUGAAUCACGCUUCGAGCGUCAGCUGUACGUCCUCCGAAAGCGGGCUACACACACCAUCGGUCUCCAUAACUGGUUCUACCUCUGCUCCCUGAGUAACAAGAACAUUGUGUACAAGGGGCAGCUCGCGCCUGUCCAAGUGUAUCAGUACUACCACGACUUGGUGUCUGUCGACUACGAGGGACAUUUUGCGCUGGUGCACUCCCGCUUCUCGACCAACACUUUCCCAAGCUGGGAUCGUGCACAGCCUCUUCGAUGGGCCGCUCACAAUGGCGAAAUCAACACACUCCGAGGCAACAAGAACUGGAUGCGAGCACGCGAAGGCGUAAUGAAGUCGGACGUGUUCGGAGACGAGCUCGAUUUGCUCUACCCGAUCAUCGAAGACGGUGGCUCCGACUCGGCUGCUUUCGAUAAUGUGCUGGAAUUGCUCGUCAUCAACGGCGUUCUCUCUCUUCCUGAGGCGGUCAUGCUCAUGGUUCCCGAAGCCUGGCAGGGAAAUCGAGCUAUGGAUCCAGCGAAGCAGGCCUUCUACGAGUGGGCUGGCUGUAUGAUGGAACCCUGGGAUGGACCUGCACUCUUCACAUUCGCUGACGGUCGAUACUGCGGCGCCAAUCUGGACAGAAACGGCCUGCGUCCAUGUCGUUACUACAUCACAGAUGAUGACCGUAUUGUCUGCGCCUCGGAGGUCGGUACAAUCAACAUUGAGCCAGAGAGAAUCGUCCAGAAGGGCCGUCUUCAGCCGGGGCGUAUGCUCCUCGUGGAUACUGUGGCUGGCCGCAUUGUCGACGACGCCGAAUUGAAGGCAACCGUCGCAAACCGCCACAACUUCAAGUCAUGGAUCGAGACCCAGCUCUUAUCUUUGCCCUCAAUCCUGAGUCAGUUGACCGAAAAGGGUACCAUUCUGUCACACCAGCCAACGGACACCCGCGUCCAUGAAGAUCCCCGCCUCAGGGCUUUCGGAUAUUCGCUGGAACAAGUCAGCUUGUUGCUAGGUCCCAUGGCAGCAGACUCGAAAGAAGCCCUCGGGUCCAUGGGUAAUGAUGCUCCUCUUGCCUGCCUCGCUACGCAGCCCCGUCUCCUUUAUGAAUACUUUCGCCAGCUUUUCGCGCAAGUUACGAAUCCGCCUAUCGAUCCUAUUCGAGAGGCAAUUGUCAUGUCUUUGGAAGCAUACGUCGGUCCGCAAGGGAAUCUCCUUGAGAUGAACGAGACCCAAUGCCAUCGGAUACUUCUUCCAUCUCCUGUUCUUUCUGUUGAAGAAUUCAAUGCUCUCGUAAACACUCACGUCUUAUACCCUGAUUGGUCAGUUAAGCUCAUCGAUAUCACAUUUCCCAAAAAGGAUGGCGUCAAGGGAUACAUGGCGGCUUUGGACCGUAUUUGCGAAUCGGCCACCGAAGGCAUUACAGGCGGCGACAACAUCUUGGUCCUCUCAGACCGUGCAACCUCAGCAGAUCGCGUUCCAGUGUCUGCUCUCCUAGCCACUGGCAUGGUACACCACCAUCUCGUGAGGAAUCGAUGGCGAUCUCAAGCUGCGUUGGUUGUCGAGACGGCUGAAGCUCGCGAAGUUCAUCACAUGUGUGUGCUUGUCGGCUAUGGCGCCGAUGCAAUCUGCCCAUAUCUGGCAAUAGAGUGCAUUCUCAAGAUGCAACGCGAGGGCCUGAUCCGAAAGAAGUUGUCCCCAGAGCAGCUAAUCGACAAUUACAAGCACUCAUGCGACGGCGGCAUUCUGAAAGUGAUGAGUAAGAUGGGAAUCUCUACUCUCCAGAGCUACAAGGGUGCCCAGAUCUUCGAGUCCCUCGGAAUCGAUGACACUGUCGUUGAUCGCUGCUUUACCGGAACCGCAAGCCGAAUCAAGGGUAUGACCUUUGAGCUUAUUGCUCAAGAUGCCUUUGCUCUGCACGAAAAAGGAUACCCGUCGCGAAGCAUUGUCGAGAUCCCAGGCCUUGCCGAAACCGGAGAGUACCAUUGGCGUGACGGUGGAGAACCGCACGUGAAUGACCCGACUGCCAUUGCCAACAUCCAGGAUGCCGUUCGGACGAAGAACGACAAGUCAUACGAGGCCUAUUCCAUUGCCGAGUAUGAGAGGAUCAAGGACUGCACUCUUCGAGGUUUGAUUGAUUUCAACUUUGAUGAGAGAACCCCGAUUCCCAUCGACCAGGUUGAGCCGUGGACUGAGAUUGUUCGCCGCUGUGUUACUGGCGCAAUGUCCUAUGGCUCCAUUUCUAUGGAGUCUCACUCAACACUAGCCGUGGCCAUGAAUCGUCUCGGAGGAAAGUCGAACACCGGAGAAGGCGGUGAAGAUCCUGAGCGGAGUUUACGCCUCGACAAUGGUGACACUAUGCGCUCUGCUAUCAAGCAGGUUGCCUCCGGACGUUUCGGUGUGACGAGCAACUACCUCGCCGACUCUGAUGAGCUGCAGAUCAAGAUGGCCCAGGGAGCUAAGCCUGGCGAAGGAGGCGAACUUCCAGGCCACAAGGUUUCUGGUCCCAUUGCGAAAACCCGCCAUUCCACCCCUGGAGUCGGCCUCAUCUCCCCCCCACCGCAUCACGACAUCUAUUCGAUCGAAGAUCUGAAGCAGCUGAUCUAUGAUCUGAAGUGCUCGAACCCCCGGGCUCGUGUGUCAGUGAAGUUGGUCUCUGAGACUGGUGUCGGCAUCGUCGCAUCUGGUGUCGCUAAGGCGAAGGCUGAUCACAUUCUGAUCUCCGGACACGAUGGUGGUACUGGUGCCUCUAGAUGGACUGGUAUCAAAUACGCCGGCCUUCCUUGGGAACUCGGUCUUGCUGAAACUCAUCAAACACUGGUGCUGAACGAUCUCCGAGGACGUGUCGUCGUCCAGACUGAUGGUCAGCUGCGAACUGGUCGGGACGUCGCCAUUGCUUGUCUGCUUGGAGCCGAAGAGUGGGGCUUCGCAACCACACCUCUGAUUGCCAUGGGAUGCAUCAUGAUGCGUAAAUGUCAUCUGCAAUCUAGCAACACUUGUCCCGUCGGUAUCGCGACGCAAGAUCCUGAGCUGAGGAAGAAGUUCACCGGCACGCCUGAGCAUGUCAUCAACUUCUUCUACUACGUUGCCAAUGAGCUCAGGGCCAUCAUGGCCAAGCUGGGAUUCCGAACCAUCAACGAUAUGGUUGGUCAUUGCGAGGUUCUCCGCAUCCGUGACGAUCUUCGAACUGCGAAGACUGAAAACAUCGACUUGUCGUUGAUCCUGACACCUGCACAUAAACUUCGACCAAACGUGGCCACGUACAAUGUCCGCAAGCAGGACCACCGACUCCAUGUUCGUCUGGAUAACAAACUCAUUGCGGAGGCGGAACUCGCCCUCGAAAAGGGGAUCCCAGUUCGCAUUGAGUGCGACAUUGUGAACACCGAUCGAUCGCUUGGUACCACCUUAUCGUACCAGAUAAGCAGACGUUACGGCGAGGUCGGUCUACCUCAGGAUACGAUUCACGCAAAUAUCCGCGGCUCUGCAGGUCAGUCAUUUGGUGCCUUCCUCGCUCCGGGAGUUACUCUAGAGCUCGAGGGUGAUGCCAACGACUACGUCGGAAAGGGCCUUUCCGGAGGACGCCUCAUCGUGUACCCACCGCGAAAUUCAGUCUUCAAGGCCGAAGAGAACAUCCUCGUCGGCAACGUCUGUCUGUAUGGCGCCACCAGCGGUGCUGCAUUCUUCCGAGGUGUCGCUGCCGAGCGAUUCGCCGUACGCAACUCUGGCGUGACGACUGUCGUUGAAGGUGUCGGAGAUCAUUGUUGCGAGUAUAUGACUGGUGGUCGUGUCAUCGUCCUUGGAUCAACCGGUCGCAACUUCGCGGCUGGUAUGUCCGGAGGAAUCGCGUACGUCCUUGAUAUGCACCACGACUUCGAAGGCAAAGUCAAUCAAGAGAUGGUGGAGCUGUCUGGCAUCGAAGAUCCUCAGGAGAUCGCGUUUGUGCGAGGGUUGAUCGAGGAUCACCAUCAUUAUACCGGCUCGGAGCUCGCGGCUCGCGUUCUGCUUGAUUUCAACCGAGCUCUUCCUCGAUUCGUGAAGGUUAUGCCGACGGACUAUAAGCGUGUCCUCCUCGAAGAGAAAGCGAAAGAAGAGGAGGCUAAGAAGAAGGAAUACUCGCUACCGAUCCUCUCCGGGCACCCCGUUCGGGAGGCGCAUGAGCAGUCGAAGAAGGCGGAGCACGAACACGAAGCCAAAGAGAAGAAGAAGGCGGACCUCUUGGACAUCGAGGAGAGUGUGAGCGACGCGAAAGCGGAGAAGAAGAAAUCUGCUUUAGUCCUUGACAAGACGAAGGGGUUCAUGAAGUACCAGCGGCGGUCGGAGAAGUAUCGCAACCCGAAGACCCGCACCCGCGACUGGAAUGAGUUGUCAACGCGCCUCAAUGAGGACGAGCUCAAGUACCAGACUGCUAGAUGCAUGGACUGUGGCGUGCCGUUCUGCCAGUCCGACUCUGGUUGCCCCAUCAGCAAUAUCAUCCCCAAGUGGAACGAGCUUGUGUUCCAGAACCAGUGGAAGGACGCGCUCAACCGCCUGCUGAUGACCAACAACUUCCCUGAGUUUACCGGCCGAGUGUGUCCUGCGCCGUGCGAGGGGGCGUGCGUGCUUGGGAUCAAUGAGGAUCCAGUCGGAAUCAAGUCGAUUGAGUGCGCGAUUAUCGACCGCGGCUUCGAGAUGGGUUGGAUGGUCCCUUCGCCGCCAAAAUACCGAAGCGGAAAGAAGGUCGCCAUCAUAGGAUCUGGCCCGUCUGGACUUGCUGCUGCGGAUCAGUUGAACAAGGCCGGCCACUCUGUUAUCGUGUACGAGCGAUCGGAUCGCAUUGGCGGCCUGCUCAUGUACGGCAUUCCCAACAUGAAGCUCGACAAGAAGGUUGUCCAGCGCCGCGUCGACUUCCUCGCUAGCGAAGGCGUGAAGUUCGUGACUUCCGUGUUUGUUGGCCAAGAGGGGCAGCCUAGCCUGGAGUCGCUGCGUGCGGAGAGCGACGCAGUUAUCGUCGCCACUGGAGCAACCGUUGCCCGCGACCUCCCUCUCCCGAACCGCAACCUCGAGGGCAUCCACUUUGCCAUGCAGUUCCUGUCCAAGAACACAAAGUCGCUGCUUGAUUCCAACCUCUCCGAUGGAUCGUAUCUAUCUGCAAAGGGCCGAAAUGUGGUCGUCAUCGGCGGCGGAGAUACAGGAAAUGACUGCAUCGGAACUUCCCUACGACAUGGAGCAACCUCCAUCACCAACUUCGAGCUUCUUCCGCAGCCAGAGCCCAAGCGAGCCCGAGACAACCCCUGGCCGCAGUGGCCGCGCAUCUACCGCGUCGAUUACGGCCAUGCAGAGGUUAAAACGCACAUGGGCAAAGAUCCGCGCGAAUAUUGUGUCAUGUCUACGGACUUCGUCGACGACGGCGCCGGCCAUGUCAAGGGUAUCAACACAAUCUCCGUCGAAUGGACCCGAAAAGCCAACGGCGGUUGGGACAUGAAGAAACUCGAAGGCAGCGAGCGCUUCUUCCCUGCGGAGCUCGUCCUACUGUCUAUGGGCUUCUUGGGCCCGGAGGAGCUGGUUCUGGGAGACAUUGAGAAAGAUGCACGCUCAAACAUCAAGACCCCGCCUGGCAAGUACAGCACAAGCAUUCCAGGAGUCUUUGCUGCGGGAGAUUGCCGUCGCGGUCAGUCUCUUAUUGUCUGGGGCAUCAAUGAGGGCCGCCAGUGCGCGCGAGAGGUGGAUUCAUUCCUGACGGGAGUGGGCUCUAUGCUGCCGGUUACUGGAGGCAUCGUGAAGAGUAUUCCUUACGUAGCUCUUUCUGACGAGAAGGUGGUUUGAGGAGGGGUUGCGUGGAGCUUUCCAGCCAAACAUGUACCUAACUUUCAACAUAAAUAACUAACAGCGUGAGAUUCAGUGGGCCAGCCGGUGCCUGGCGCAGGUGGGGAUAGGGGCCUCGGCAUAUGUAAGAUCAAUCAAAAAGCAUAAUUUCUGAC